ACGGCUUUUUUUUUCUAAUUGUGUGGUCUUUGGCUGAAAUCUCCGCGACUGAAAUCUCUCUCUCUCUCUAGAUUAUCUCAUAUUCGCUCGCUCGCUUUCUCCACCAUUGGCUUAUCCUUGCUUCUUGAGUGCUCCCUAAUUUCUCUGAAUUUCGAAACUCUUCCUGAGACAAUCGCAGCUUUGAAUGCGAAUCUUUUGAUUCCUUUCAUUCGCUGUGAUUUUACUGUACCAUUACUCUCCGGCGGAAUAUGUUUAUUUAUCUUCUUCAUCUUUGUGUUCCCAGACGAAUGAGCUUUUGUCACAGUUGGCUUGAUUUUCACCUCAAAGCUCAAUGAGUAGUUCGUGCACCGAUGCUUUUGAAUAGACAUGGCUUCUGCUACUUCAAUGUCAGUUUCUAUUGAAUGUGUGAAUAUAUGUAAGUCUUGGAAAGGAGAUGUGGGUGGGAGAUUCGACUGUAGUGUGCUAUCUUGUGCCUGGAAGGCGCCAAGGGCCUUGACUGGGUUCCUUGCCAGCACAACUCAUCCUUCUCAGUGUUCCUCUACUCCUUAUAGGCGAUAUGGAAGAAGAAAUCGUCUCCACCGAUGUAGAUGUUAUACUUCUGAUAUGGAUGAACGCUACUCUGAUGAAGCUCUGCAAGGAGUCCCUGGCUCAAGGCUUCUACUAUCUACUUCUAGCAAAUGGAAAUUAUGUUGCUCUUUAUCAUUUUCUUCAGAGUCUUGUGAAGAGAUAUCUCCUGAAAGUUUGUGGGAGGAUCUUACACCUUCCAUUUCAUAUCUUUCUUACAAGGAAUUGGAAUUGGUUCGCAAGGCUUUGGAUCUUGCUUUUGAGGCACAUGAUGGCCAAAAGCGUCGUAGUGGAGAGCCCUUUAUUAUUCACCCAGUUGCAGUUGCACAGAUCCUUGGACAGCUUGAAUUGGAUUGGGAGUCAAUUGCUGCUGGGUUAUUACAUGAUACUGUGGAAGAUACAAAUGUAGUUACUUUUGAAAGAAUAGAGAAGGAAUUUGGUCCAACAGUUCGGCGUAUUGUUGAAGGGGAGACUAAGGUAUCCAAGCUCGGAAAGAUCAAGUGCAAGGAUGAAAGCCAUGUGCAGGAUGUCAAAGCUGAUGACCUUAGACAGAUGUUUCUUUCCAUGACGGAGGAGGUCCGUGUUAUAAUUGUAAAAUUGGCUGAUAGAUUACAUAAUAUGCGCACUCUUUCACAUAUGCCUCCACACAAGCAGUCUGGCAUCGCAACAGAGACGCUGCAUGUUUUUGCUCCUUUGGCAAAACUUCUUGGAAUAUACCAAAUCAAGUCAGAACUUGAAAACUUAGCAUUUAUGUAUACAAAUGCUCAAGACUAUGCCAGGGUCCAGCGAAGAAUUGCAGAACUUUAUAAAGAACAUGAAAAAGAACUCAAAGAGGCAAAAAGAAUAUUGAUGAAGAAAAUAGAGGAAGACCAAUUCUUAGACCUCAUGACGGUGAAGACUGAAAUUCAUUCAAUAUGCAAGGAACCUUACAGCAUCUACAAAGCAGUUCUGAAAUCUAAGAACUCGAUAAACGAAGUGAACCAAAUUGCGCAGCUUCGAAUUAUUAUAAAACCAAAGCCUUGUGUUGGAGUUAGGCCCCUUUGCAGUGCACAGCAGAUAUGCUAUCAUGUGCUUGGACUUGUACAUGGAAUUUGGACGCCUAUCCCGCGGGCUAUGAAAGACUACGUCGCCACUCCAAAGCCUAAUGGCUAUCAAAGUCUUCAUACAACAGUGAUCCCAUUUCUUUAUGAGAGCAUGUUUCGUUUGGAAGUUCAGAUAAGAACUGAAGAGAUGGACCUGAUAGCUGAGAGAGGCAUUGCUGCGCAUUACAGUGGGAAAGGUUUUGUAAAUGGCUUAGUUGGGCAUGUUAUAACCAAUGGUAGAAGUUCACGAGGGAAAAUAGUCUGCCUUAACAAUGCCAAUAUUGCUCUCAGGAUUGGCUGGCUGAAUGCAAUUAGGGAGUGGCAAGAAGAGUUCGUCGGAAACAUGAGUUCUAGGGAAUUUGUGGACACUAUUACCAGAGAUCUGUUGGGUAGUCGUGUCUUUGUGUUUACACCCGGAGGAGAGAUAAAACAUCUCCCAAAGGGUGCUACCGUCAUUGAUUACGCGUAUAUGAUACACACUGAAAUUGGCAAUAAAAUGGUGGCCGCAAAGGUGAAUGGUAAUCUUGUCUCUCCAUUGCAUGUACUUGCAAACGCAGAGGUCGUAGAGAUUAUUACCUACAAUUCUACUAGCAAGGUUGCCACCUCCAACCAUAAGGUUGGGAAUUUGAUCACCUACGGAACAAAGCGGGAACCGGCCAUGAUUUUUAUUGGGGUGUUUGAGGUGUUCCAGGGUCUUUCCAGCAAGUCUGCUUUUGAGAGACAGAAAGAGUGGCUUCAACAUGCAAAAACUCGUAGUGCCCGGCACAAGAUUAUGAAAUUCUUGAGAGAGCAAGCUGCAUUAUCAGCAACUGAAAUAACAGUGGAUUCGGUAAAGGAAUUUGCGGCCGAGUCUGAAGGUGACAAUGGAUUGGAAGAAUUAGCAGAUUAUUCUAAGGAAACCAAACAUUCGUGGGAGAAAAUCCUCAAUAAUGUUAUGGAGACAUCAUCUGCAAGUAUGAGUACUGAAGAUUUCCAACUCCGUAGAACUAGUAUUCAGAUUCCCAAGGUAAAUGGGAAACAUAACAAAUGCAUGCAGCAUAUGAGUUUGAAGGCCACAGGGGAGACAUUGUCACAAGGAAAUGGUGUUGGCAAAAUGAUACUUGCUAACAUACCAAGGUACAGGGAAGUUCUGCCAGGAUUGGACGGCUGGCUGGCCAGCAAAAUUGCAACUUGGCAUAACCUGGAAGGGCACUCUGUCCAGUGGCUUUGUGUUGUCAACAUAGAUCGAAAAGGCAUGAUGGCGGAUGUUACUUCAGCAUUGGCAGCCGUAGGCAUCAGCAUAUGUUCUUGUUCGGUUGAGACGGAUAGAGGGAAGGGAAUGGCUGUUGAGCUAUUUCACAUUGAAGCGAGCCUCGAGAGUUUGGUUGAUGCAUGUGCAAGGAUCGAUAUGAUCCUAGGUGUUUUAGGAUGGUCCACGGGUUGCAGCUGGUCAGAGAACAAACAGUUUCUAGAAUGCUAGUUUGCCUGAUGAAGUGUACUUGCCCAGCUGUUGAAAGCUUGGGAAAAAAGUUUUGUCCUCUAAAACCAGAAUUCCCUUUUUCUCAUUUCUGGGUGUUUUUCUCUUAGUUGUCUUAAAAAUAUUUCCCCUCCCACCCUCUUGACAAUUAUAGAAGCAAACAAUAUUAGGCAAUAUGGUGUCAGGCGACUGUGUAUAUAAAGGAAGAGUAGUGACGAGUUAUACUUGUAAAGGCAUUUUGAACUAUACGAACCCCAGCAAAAUGAUAGAUAUUCUAUACAAAAUGUAUUCAGUAUUUCCGAUCUUAUCCUUU